AUUAGUAGUGGCAUUGUUGGCCUGAAUUAGAGUUUUUGCAAUUUCUGAAAUAGAUUUAUCGUUUUCUCUUCAAUGACCAUAUUGUUAAUUUGAGAUUAUAAUAUGGCACAUGUAUCAUCUAUAUUGUAGAUUAAGUCAUCACCUUAUCUCAAACAUGCCUGUUUGUACAACAAUGACGUAUGAUAUACAGGCUACUUCCGGACGGAAUCUAAUUACAAUUGAGAAAGAGGGCAGAGCUCGAGAGGCAGAUUCUAUGUCCUUUGUUGUUUUAUAUAAACGUCUUGUCCGUAGUGAUAUUGUCUAUAUAAAUCACGCAGGUCUUUUUGCCUGUGGCACGUCCGAUAUAUAUAAUUCUGGAAAGGACCCGAGAUAAACGCAAGGCACAGUGCAGACGGCAGAUUGCUGCUUUCUUAUCUAUCUAGUAGGACGAGGAUGUCUGACAAAAGCGACCUGAAAGCUGAGCUGGAGCGAAAGAAACAGAGGCUAGCUCAAAUACGAGAGGAGAAGAAGAGAAAGGAGGAGGAGAGGAAAAAGAAAGAGUCUGAGAGUCUGCAGCAGAAAACAGAGAAUGUCUCUGAAGAUUCUGACUUGGACCGCAAACGAAGAGAGACGGAGGCGCUGCUGCAGAGUAUUGGGAUCUCACCAGAACCACCAUUAGUGAGCACCACCAGUGAUGCUGGCAGCCAGGAGUCCGUAGAUGGGGGGACAGUGGGAAGGACCCUGCAGUGGGACACGGACCCCUCUGCUCUCCAGCUGCAGGCAGACUCUGAGCUGGGGCGCAGGAUGCACAGACUUGGAGCGUCAAAAAUAGUACAGAUUGACUUCGUUCCCAAAGAGCUUGUGACCUACACUAAAGAGACCCAGACUCCUUCAGCAGCACAUCAAUCUGAAGAAGAAGAAGAGGAUGAGGAGAGCAGUGAGCCUAAAGCUUCCCCUCAGACUGACCAGCCGGAGGAGGAAGGAGAGGCAGAGGACAGUAAAGAGGCCCAUCCCAGAGAGCUGACGGAGGAGGAGAGGGAACAGAUUCUCCACUCAGAGGACUUCCUGGUGUUCUUUGAGCGGUCGGUCUCUGUGGUGGAGCGGGCGCUGGCCGAGGAGGGCGACAUCUUCUUCGACUACAGCGGCCGGGACCUGGAGGACAAAGAAGGGGACAUGCAAGGUGGAUCCAAUCUGUCUUUCAACCGUGUGUUCCAUGACGAUCACUGGUCCAAACACCGAGUAGUCACCUGCUUAGACUGGUCCCCACAGUACCCUGAACUGAUGGUGGCCUCUUACAACAGCAACGAGGAUGCUCCACACGAGCCUGAUGGGAUAGCGCUGGUGUGGAACAUGAAGUUCAAGAAGACCACUCCAGAGUAUACAUUUCACUGCCAGUCGUCAGUGAUGUCUGUGGGCUUUGCUCAGUUCCAUCCUAACCUGGUGGUGGGGGGAACGUACUCAGGACAGAUUGUGUUGUGGGAUAACCGUAGUCACAGGAGGACCCCCGUCCAGAGGACCCCCCUGUCUGCUGCGGCACACACUCACCCAGUGUACUGUGUGAACGUGGUGGGUACCCAGAACGCCAACAACCUGAUAACAGUGUCUACUGAUGGGAAGAUGUGCUCCUGGAGUCUAGACAUGCUCUCUCAGCCUCAGGAGAGUAUGGAGCUGGUCUACAAUAAGUCCAAGCCCGUAGCAGUAACAGGAAUGGCCUUCCCUGCCGGAGAUGUUAACAACUACGUGGUGGGAAGCGAGGAAGGGAUGGUGUACUCUGCGUCCCGCCACGGCAGUAAAGCAGGUAUAGCUGAGAUGUUUGAGGGGCACCAGGGCCCAGUGACUGGGAUCAGCUGCCAUAACGCUGUGGGCACUGUGGACUUCUCACACCUCUUCAUCACGUCCUCCUUUGACUGGACUGUAAAACUGUGGUCCAUCAAGCACAACAAGCCAUUGUACUCCUUUGAGGAUAAUGCAGACUAUGUCUAUGAUGUCAGUUGGUCCCCUGUGCAUCCGGCUCUCUUUGCCUCUGUGGAUGGGAUGGGUCGUUUGGACCUGUGGAACCUCAACAAUGACACUGAGGUGCCCACAGCGAGUGUGACGAUCGAGGGGGCGUGUGCUCUGAACCGUGUGAGAUGGGCGUCGGGAGGCAGAGAGGUUGCCGUGGGUGACUCAGAGGGACGUGUCUGGAUCUACGAUGUGGGAGAGCUGGCAGUGCCACACCCUGAGGACUGGAGCCACUUCGCCCGCACCCUAGUUGAGAUCCGUGCCAACCGCGGGGAUGGAGAGGAGGAGGGGGCCGUGGAGCUGCCAGUUUGAAACCUUCUCACCCUCUCAUCAAUGGAUGCAACGUUUCAGGACUGACAGCCUGAUAACAGACAUUUACAGA